AUAAUGGCAAACACAGGCAGCCGUAAAAACUUAGAAAACAGUAAAGCUGUUUGUUCCCGUUAUAUAUAACGUCAAGGCGACCUGCGUAUGCUGACGAUCUCAUACCCAUCAUGUGGGGAAAAUCACAAGACCCCACUUUAGCCAAUACCCAACUAUAUUGUAAUACGAUAUAGAUUGAAGCCAUGAGUGGCGUUGAAGAAAACAAUUGUUAUAAAAAUGAAGAGAUUCCUUCCUCAAAUGUUGCCUCUGUCAAUGACCUUCAGGAAACUAAAUUGGACUUGUUCGAAGAAUUUCAUUUUGAAUCUCAACUAACAGCUGAUCUACCUACAGUUUCCAGUAGAGUGGAAUGCCACCCAAAGGUUUAUCUUCUCAUUAUUUGCUUAGCGUUCAAAGUUAAAUAUAAUCUGUCAAAGGCAUGCCUUCAAGAUCACUUAAGAAUACUAAGCCUUACAACAGAAUGUAGCAUCGAAGAAAUAAAAUCUGCUGCAAAGUGCUUUUAGAAAUACGACAAUUAAAAAAAAUGUUUAAAAAGUAUUCAUUUGCACGAACAAGAAAUGUGACGCAGUCCUAACCUCGAUGGGUAAAAAUGGAUUUCCCCCUUCCAACCCUGUGGCCACCAUAACAAGCUACUUGGAAGCUGUUAUGUACUUAUCCUCCCGGUGGAAGAACAACUGAAAUAGUUUUGGGAAAACGGAGGGGCAGAUAAGUGGAACAAAGUAAGUACUUUUGAUAGAUCGACUCGGGGACUUCAGUCUGGUAGCUGCUACAUGGAAAAUGUUCACCGAGAAUCGGAAUUUGAACUUGUUAUCACUCUCCAACUCAACGUUGAUGGAGCCCAGUGUUUUUAAUCAAGCAAAUUUAACUUUUGGCCUUCUAUGGCCGUGAUAAAUGAAUCACCCUAUCGCUCUAGAAGAUCAAAUAUGUUUUUAAUGUCGCUUUGGUAUGGGAAUAAAAAACCGCCAAGAGGCCCAUUUCUCGAGGUUGCUUUAAAUGAAAUAGAACAACUUGGAAAUUCGGGAA